GGGAACGUGGCCUGCAUCCCGGCGGAGUGGACGGCGGGGCGCAUCCCCGCCACGGCUCGUGCUGUGCUCAGCCUGCACGUGGGCGGCCACUCGCGAGGUCGCCGCGGUGGAGGGGAGGGUGUUCCCCGAGUCUCUUCCGGCCCCCACGUGGUGGGGGAGGAUGGAAGCUUGAGAGAACCAGGAGCUGAGUUGGGGGAGUUUCCAGGACUUGUGCGUCCUGUCCGGGCUGAGGUGGAGCAGUUCCCUCCCUGGACUGGUGACAUCCCAGCCUCAGUUUCUUCGUUCUGAAGCCGCUCGUGGUGGCAUAUGACUUCUAAACCCAACAUGAGUGACAUUUCCUGCACAAAACGGGAUGACUACCUGGAGUGGCCUGAGUAUUUCAUGGCGGUGGCCUUCUUGUCGGCACAAAGGAGCAAGGAUCCAAAUUCCCAGGUUGGAGCCUGCAUUGUGAAUACAGAAAACAAGAUUGUUGGGAUCGGGUACAACGGAAUGCCUAACGGGUGCAGCGAUGACCUGUUGCCAUGGAGGAGAACAGCAGAAAAUAAGCUAGAUACUAAAUAUCCUUACGUGUGCCAUGCCGAGCUCAACGCCAUCAUGAACAAGAAUUCGGCUGACGUCAAGGGCUGCAGUAUGUAUGUCGCCCUGUUCCCGUGUAACGAGUGCGCUAAGCUCAUCAUCCAGGCAGGUAUAAAAGAAGUUAUUUUCAUGUCGGAUAAAUACCACGACAGUGAAGAGACAACGGCCGCCAGGCUCAUGUUUAAAUUGGCUGGGGUUACGUUCAGAAAAUUCACACCGAAGUACAGCAAGAUUGUCAUUGACUUUGAUUCAAUUAAUAGCCGACCGAGUCAGAAGCCUCAGUGAGCUCAUUAAAUCUCCAGAAGAAGAGGACCCCACCCCACUCCCACCCCA